AUGGACGGCUGGAACGGGGGGGAUGGACAGCUGGAACGGGGGGGAUGGACGACGGCUGGAACGGGGGGGAUGGACAGCUGGAACGGGGGGGAUGGACAGCUGGAACGGGGGGGAUGGACGACGGCUGGAACGGGGGGGAUGGACGACGGCUGGAACGGGGGGGAUGGACGGCUGGAACGGGAGGGAUGGACAGCUGGAACGGGGGGAUGGACGACGGCUGGAACGGGGGGGAUGGACGGCUGGAACGGGGGGGAUGGACGGCUGGAACGGGGGGGACGGACGGCUGGAACGGGGGGGAUGAUGGACGGCAGCUUGAACGGGGGGGAUGGACAGCUGGAACGGGGGGGAUGGACAGCUGGAACGGGGGGGAUGGACGGCAGCUGGAACGGGGGGGAUGGACGGCAGCUGGAACGGGGGGGAUGGACGGCUGGAACGGGGGGGAUGGACGGCUGGAACGGGGGGGAUGGACGGCUGGAACGGGGGGGACGGACGGCUGGAACGGGGGGGACGGACGGCUGGAACGGGGGGGAUGAUGGACAGCAGCUGGAACGGGGGGGAUGGACGGCAGCUGGAACGGGGGGGAUGGACGGCUGGAACGGGGGGGAUGGACGGCUGGAACGGGGGGGAUGGACGGCUGGAACGGGGGGAUGGACGGCUGGAACGGGGGGGAUGGACGGCUGGAACGGGGGGGAUGAUGGACAGCAGCUGGAACGGGGGGGAUGGACGGCGGCUGGAAAGGGAGGGAUGGACGGCUGGAACGGGAGGGAUGAUGGACAGCAGCUGGAACGGGAGGGAUGA